GUUGCUCGCAUGGUUUUUAACCCCCGUCGUUUGGUUUCCCGAAUUCUGACAUCGAUCGAAAGCCUGACCAUGGUUCGAUAAAAACCAUCAGAUCCUUCCAGCGAUCAGAUGAUGAAUGUCAGCUCCAUCGCUCGUAUCUGGCAAACUUACUAUCACCAAACCUUGCACGAAUACCACAGCGGGAUCCAAAUACUAUAACGGGUGCGAUUUUGAUACCAAAGGGGCAUCUUGCGCACAGACUUCCUCCAAUGCCACGUUCUCCAGUGUAGUCGAGACUUAUGCGAUCAUCUCGUACCGCCAGAUUUGCCGGUCUCCCCUGCUUCGUUCAUGAUUUUCAUACAAGAGUGCGCGUUCAGCACAAGUUGAGGCAAAUAAUGUGCCGUGGGAAGUGGUCACUCCCGUAGAUCAGCAC